UCGCAUGCCUCUCACUGAAAAAGGAGCAAAAGCACUAAUUUUGGUGCCCCAAACAAAAGCUAAAAGGAUAGUGUCUGUCUGAGGACCCUGAUGACUGAUGAGUGAUGAUACCAUCCACAUCGCCACCUACUCUCAUUACUACUUGAUACUGAAAAUGGCAGCGUCACUCACUCCUACGACUAUUUACUAUCGCUGGUGCUAUUAAUCACACUCCAACAUCAUCAUUAAUUUAACCAUUUAUCUCUAAUAAAAAAAUAUAGGGAAAAAAGAAAUAGACAUUUUGGAAUAGUUUAAUUUAAUGCAAAAACUAGGUUUUUAACAUGACAAAGUGAGAAGAUCAUAAUAAUUUGGGGAAUAUGCAAAAUCAGUAAUUUAUAUUUAUUUAUGUUGAAGGUGUUUUUAGUUGGAAGUCUGCUCAUUUGAGAGUUGGAGCUCUCAGCUUUGUACAUGUCUGAAAAUUCUUGUAAUAUGUUGGGACAUCACAUCAAGAUAUAAGUAACAAUUGGUUGACAUAAUGUUCAUUACAGGGUGUAAGUCCACAAAUCAUGCAUAUGCAAAAUAAAUUAAGUAGAUGGGUAGCUUUUAAGGAGUGGGUUGGAGUACUAAUGCUGCCUCAUAAUGCUCCUGUCAAACUUUUCUCCAUGGAAGACCACCUGAGAAACCAUAGCUUACUGCCUCAAUAUCAGAGAAGAUAAGUGAAAACAAAUUGACACUUGAUAUGAAAAUCUAUGUGUUUGUUUUACUCAUAAACCUUUUAGCUCAUCAGGCCUUUUCUGAAUCAGAUAUUCACAUUGGAUACCGAGUGACUCUUGCUAUUCCUACUGAAUACGCAAAAGGGUUCCUGGGAAGAGCAUUUCUAAUGGAAACAGAACAAACGGUGCCACAUUUCAGAGCAGCAAUCAGUGUGGAAGCCGUCAAUGAAAAGUACUCGUGUUCACUCGAUGUUUUCCUUGGAGGUGUCAGAGUAUGGAGUUCUGGCCAUUUAUCAAGAUUCUACACCACUGAGAAAUGUGUGCUUGAGCUGACGGAUUCAGGAGACUUAAGAUUGAAGGGUGAGAAAGAAUUUGUUGGGUGGAGGAGUGGAACUUCAGGACAAGGCGUUAAGAGGCUAAACUUACUAAGGACAGGCAAUCUAGUUCUAGUUGAUGCCCUCGACUUCAUAAAAUGGCAAACUUUCAAUUUUCCUACUGAUAUUAUGCUCUGGGGCCAGAGACUAAGUUCACAGACUCGAUUAACUUCUUUCCCUCUCAACUCAACAUUGUUCUAUUCUCUGGAAAUUCAGAACGACAAGAUUGCGUUGUAUUUGAAUUUUGGCAAGUGGAAGUAUUCUUACUGGGAAUAUCAGCCUUCCAGCAAGCAAAAUAUCACAUUUGUACAGCUGACUUCUAAUGGGCUGGAGAUAUUCAAUGGGGACCACAGAUUUGAUCAGAUUAGAUCAGCAGGGCCGGAGGCUCUACGGUUCCUGGCACUAGAGAACAGUACAGGUAACUUGAGACUCUACCAUUACUCGGAAGAGAAGGAAAAGUUUGAAGCUUCAUAUCAAGCACUCAACCAAACUUGCGAUCUUCCUCUGGCUUGUAAACCCUAUGGAAUUUGUACUUCAUCAGGUUCGUGCUCGUGCAUCCGUCUCAUGCUUCAAUCUGAAUGCAGAAAUGAAAAUCUUGAGGGGCUAUGUGGGAAGAGGCAGGCAGAAAUGGUGGAGUUACAAGGGGUAAUGAGUGUACUAAGGAGCGUUUCGCAUAAAGGUAAUGUUGGUAAAGAAGAAUGUGCGGAGUUUUGCUUGGAAGAUUGUAGUUGUGCUGCAGCAGAGUAUGUAGAGGAUGAGGAGAAGAGGAAUUCAGGAGAUUGUUUUGUAUAUAACAUAGCGAGGGGAAUGAGACAAGUUGAAAAAGGAAACAGGAUUAGUAGAUACAUGGUUAAGGUGGGAAAGGGAAGAAAUGAUGGUGAAGGUAGGAAUUCUGGGGUAAAGAAAUGGGUGAUAAUAGUGGUAGGGGUUGUUGAUGGAUUCAUUAUUGUUGUUGUGUUGGGAGGAGUUGGAUACUAUGUAAUUUGGAAGAGAAGGAAGAACAGAGCGGGUAGUAGAGCUAGAGCCCCAACAACUUGAUCCAAUUCUAAUUACAUCAUAUUUUUUGGGUUUUCCUUCAAGUUUGUGCAAGAAACAGUGAGUGACAUAAGAAAAUCUUUGUUUAUUUGAAGGAUUUGAUGUAGUAAUGUUAGGGAUUGAUUUCAUCCAAUUUGUUUUAUUCUAAAAUGGGCUUUUUCUGUA